AUGGAUCUUCUCCUUUUUGGAGAUCAAACUUCCAACUCGCUGUCGUUUCUGCGGCAAGCAGCAGCAUCCAGAGAAACCUCCAUCAGUGAUGUAUUCCUUACCCAAGUGUCUUCACUACUGCGGGCGGAAAUCGAAAGGCUGCCCUAUGACUGCCGAUCACAGAUUCCACAAUAUGUCAAAAUUCUUGAUCUCAUCGCCUCAUAUCAGGAACAUGAUCUCAAAAUUCCCGAGUUGGAAGCAGCAUUCCUGACGAUAUCUCAGAUUGCUUGGUAUAUCAAGUAUUGCGAGAACAAUCCGCAAGAAUCAGUCAGUAGAUGGCGGUGCGUUGCUAUAUGCACUGGAUCGCUAGCUGCAGCAGCCAUUGCUUCGUCCGUGUCCCUCCACGACUUGACCAUCUUAGGAGUGGAAGCUGUGAAAGUAGCGUUCCGGGCUGGUACUUGCGCCAGCAUCAUUGGCCAUGCUGAAGAAGAGAGUAGCUGCAGCUGGUCCACCCUGAUUACCGAUAUCUCUGCCGAGACUGUACAGAUCUCCCUUGACGAAUUUCAUGCCAACGCAAGCGUCCCCAAAUCUCGGCAGGCGUACGUCAGUUGUAUCGGCCCGAACUCUGUCACGAUCAGCGGUCCACCCAGUGUCACUCGAAGUCUCUUCAAAACUUCAUCUGAGCUGAAAAGUAAUACAAGAAUGAUACUUCCAGUAUACGCGCCCUACCACGCGAGACACCUUUUUCAGCAGGAAGACAUCAAAGGAAUUCUGGAUGAUGAGACACUUGCAGUUUUGAAACGGUUCCGCUCCACCGGGGAAGUCUAUUCAACGGUGACAGGCAGAUGUCACGAAUCCUCAGACACUGCAGAACUCUUUGCUAUUCUCCUUGACGACAUGCUCUGUAAGCCAGUUAAAUGGAAACAAGUUAUUGAGGCGAUCACAAUAGACUACAGCGCGGAUUCAAAGACAUGUAGGUUACUAGCGGUCGGUCAGAACGCCUUUUCUAGCGGUCUGAUAUCUUCACUCAAAGCCUCGGGUGUGGACGUCACAUCUCUCGACAAUCCGCGAAACCUCUCAGGCACUGAGGGUCUUAAACUUUCAGAAUCACAGAGUAAUAAAAUCGCGAUUGUUGGGAUGGCUGGGCGCUUUCCGAACGCAGCCAACCAUGAACAAUUGUGGGAGCUUCUCAUCCAAGGCCUGGAUGUCCACAAGGAGAUCCCCAAAGACAGAUUUGACGCACACGCACACUAUGAUCCGUCAGGAAAGGAAAAGAACAUAAGUCAUACUCCGUACGGGUGCUUGAUCGAUGAGCCUGGACUGUUUGAUCCCCGAUUCUUCAAUAUGUCUCCCCGAGAAGCAGCACAAACCGACCCUAUGGCCCGUCUAGCACUAGUCACGGCAUAUGAAGCGCUUGAAAUGUCUGGCUUCACGCCAAACAGGACGCCUUCGAGUCAACUCAAUCGUAUCGGUACAUUUUACGGCCAGACUUCCGAUGAUUGGAGAGAGAUCAACGCCGCUGAAAAUAUCGAUACCUACUUUAUCACGGGCGGUGUGAGGGCUUUCGCGCCGGGGAGGAUCAAUUACUACUUCAAAUUCGGAGGUCCGUCCUACAGUAUUGAUACAGCUUACUCGUCAAGUCUUGCAGCAAUUCAGCUUGCUUGUACUUCAAUUCUAGCUGGGGAAUGCGAUACUGCCUGUGCUGGUGGUGUCAAUAUCCUCACGAACCCUGAUAUAUUUGCGGGUUUGAGCAAAGGUCAAUUUCUGUCGAAGAAUGGUCCUUGCAAAACAUUCGACAACGAUGCAGACGGAUACUGCCGUGCUGAUGGGUGUGGUACACUCGUCUUGAAGCGGUACACGGAUGCUGUUGCUGACAAUGAUAACAUCUUGGGCUGCAUUCUAGCAUCGGCUACCAAUCAUUCAGCCGACGCUAUUUCCAUCACUCACCCUCAUGCUGGAGCCCAAGAAUCUCUAUACAAGCAGGUCCUGGCAACCGCGAAUGUAUCACCGGAUGAUGUUACUUAUUGCGAGCUUCAUGGUACCGGCACGCAGUCAGGAGAUCAUAUAGAGAUGGAGUCGAUUACGAAUGUGUUCGCUUCAGAAAUAACACCUCGUCGGCCCACAAACACUCUUUACCUUGGCUCUCUGAAAGCCAACAUUGGCCACGGAGGAGCUGCUUCGGGCUUUAGUGCCAUGGUAAAAUGUUUGUUGAUGUUGAGAGACGAUACGAUACCACAGAAUGUCGGCAUUAAAGGCAUCAUCAAUCAGACAUUCCCGCCGGAUCUUCAAGCACGAAACGUCAACAUACCCCUCAAGAAUGUGCACUGGCCGAAGUCGCAGCAGAAGAAGAGGACAAUCAUGGUCAACAACUUCAGUGCCGCAGGUGGGAAUACUGCUGUGAUCCUGCAAGAAGCCCAAAAUCCACCCGUCUCUACAAUGCCCGACCCAAGAGAUGCUCACGUUGUUUCUGUCUCUGCGAGAAGUAGAGGGGCAUUGAAGCGGAACCUUGCAAAUCUGAUAGCAUACAUUGACGAGCAUCCACAAACACAUCUCUCCAGUCUUUCCUACACCUCCACUGCGAGGCGCAUGCAGCAUAACUAUCGGAUUGCUGUAUCUGUGACCAGCCUGGCUAAGGCGAGAGAAGCACUUUUGGCUCGUGUCAACGAUGAGCAUCAGCCCAUGACAGUGACCGGUGCAAAGGUUGUGCUGGCUUUUACAGGCCAAGGAACAAAGUACUCGGGGCUUGCAAAUUCUCUCUAUACAACUUUGCCUAGCUUCAAGACUUCGAUCGAUCGAUUGAAUCGAUUUGCCCAGACAGAAGGCCUUCCAUCAUUUCUACCGCUGAUCACAGAGAACAACAUCUCGCAACUAUCACCAAUUAUUCUUCAAGUUGGCUUGGCUUGUAUUCAAAUCUCUCUGGCUAAGAUGUGGGAGUCUUGGGGAAUCAAACCAACAGCUGUAAUCGGGCACAGUCUUGGAGAGUACGCCGCACUUCAUAUCGCUGGAGUCAUCUCUGCAAAUGAUAUGGUACGGUUGGUUGGGCGUCGUGCGCAACUAAUAGUCGACCACUGUUCUCCUUCGAGCCACGGUAUGCUGGCCGUCAAGGCAAACAAAGAGACGAUUCGCGAUGUUCUUGGGGUCCACAUGCUUGAAAUUGCAUGCAACAAUGGUCCUUCUGAGACUGUACUUUGCGGGACCGUGGAAGCCCUUGAGGCCACCGCCAAGAAGUUGGCAAGGUCAGGGCUGAAGUGCACACUAUUGAAUGUCCCUUACGUCUUUCAUUCUGCCCAGAUAGACCCGAUACUGGAUGGAUUUCAAGACUUUGCCAGCAGAAUUGAAUUCCGCAAGCCAGAGAUUCCCUUCUGUUCGACUGUCACAGGAAAAGUCAUCUCGACUUCGAAACAUGUUGGACCUGAGUACCUCACCAGACAUGCUCGUCAAACAGUAAACUUUACUGGGGCUUUGCACAGUGUAGUUGUGGACGGUCUGGUUGACGGAAAAACUGUUUGGCUCGAGGUCGGAGCCCAUCCUAUCCUCGCCGCAAUGAUCAAGGCCACACUCGAUUGGGCACCGAGGGUUUUCCCGUCACUGAAGAAAACAGAGUCUGCAUGGCAAACGAUCAGUUCCAGCAUUUGUGGUCUUCAUGAAAACUGGAGCAAGCAUCAAUUUCAACGAGUUUCAUUCAGAGUUCAAAAGUUUUCAGCGCCUUGUGGUUCUCCCCACAUAUGCUUUCGACAACAAAACUUACUGGCUCGACUAUCACAACAACUGGUGUCUUACUAA